AUGCUGCGUACAAUCGCCGUCGCCUGCCUCCUGUUGGGGCUCUUCGAGUACACAGCCGCGGGUCCCACCACCAAGACGCCCGCUGGCUGCGGCACCGAGAGCUUCGAGAAGUGCGGCACGGACCUGAUCAUCUUCGCAGGUGGACCCGUCAUCCCCGUCUCUAAGGAGGAGCUCGUCACCACCUGCCCGAAAGAAAAGACUUCGGAGAAGUGUGCGCGAGCCUACGCCCAAAAAUGCCUUGCCCGGUUUCCUCGUGGCAUGGUGAUGCUUCUCCUCGAUGGCAUCCGCACCGAGGUGAACGCCAAGUGCAACGACUCAGGUGCCGGACACCAAGAGUACUUGAAGCACUCCGGAUGCAUGAACAGCAACGGCGUGAAGCUGCACCAGUGCAUGAGGGACCUGACCCAAGUCCUGGACCAGAGCGUGGACGCUCCCACCAAGAGCAGGCUGGGACUCUCCUGCUGUUCUUUUAACACGUACAAGACCUGCAUGACGGAAGCUGUGAAAUCACCGUGCGGGACUGGUACCACGGCCUACGUGGAGAAGCUCAUCACGGGAUACGCUGGCGAUCUCCUGGACACCGUGUGCAUCAACUUCAAGGCGGGCACCGAUGCUUGCAAGGCGCUACCGUCGUUACCCAAGUCCACCAAGACGGGGCGAUCGGCGUCGCUGCUGUCUCCGCUGGCGCGGAUCGUGACGAGCCUCAACGGUUGAGGGUGCUUCUCCAGUCGAUUCCGCUCAAAGAAAGAUGAAGUGCGGUCUAGCCCAGGAACCGCGCGUUAGAGCUCCGUGUCUCCUGCAGACGUCGUUUCGUAACCCGAGAGCUCUUUUUGGGGGUUGGCGUCUCGCGGUCCGAAUACGACUUCUGUUUUUCCUUCUCGUUUCGUGAUUCAUGGCGGACGAAACUACCAAGUAAGACAAGCUGUAAUGACGAAUUCAAUUCUUCACAUCCAAUGUGCCGUGCGUUAUUAAUGUUGAGCCUAGACGCGUGAGAGAGGUGCCUUAUCUGUCUCCUUGGUUGUUAGUUACUCUUUGCAGAGGGCUCGAUAACUGAAGUAUCGAGUGCUUUUUGUUUGCAUUUAAAACUAGGGCGCUGGCUCGUACUUUACUUGUAUUAAAACUUCGUUUCCACAAAUCAAUUUUAUUUUCGUGUCAUGUCUCCUCAAUAAAAAUGAAUCUGUUCAUGUUGAUGCAGUUGUAGUAAUCUAAAUACAAAGUGACUGCUGCCCAGUCUUGU